AUGAGUCAGGACGAGUUGCAAGCAUUUUGUUUGUUGGAAAUUGAGAAACUAUUGCAGAGUAAUGGAAAAUCAUUGAGAAAUUAUGCUGGGAUGCCGGUUCCUAAUAACUCUUUAGUCUCUCAAAUUAGCAAUUUGAUGCUGUUGCGUGAGUUGCAGUAUGAUACUGUUUCUUUGACUCGUGAGCACGAUGAAAAUGUCUCCAAGUUAAAUGAAGAACAGAGGGUGGUCUACGAUAAAAUUAUUGAUUGUGUUUCGAAUAAGAGGCACGGAUUCUUUUUUGUCUACGGGUUUGGUGGCACUGGAAAAACUUUUUUAUACAGAAUUUUGUCAGCUAGAUUGUGA